GGUGGAGCAGGAGCAGCAGCAGCAGCAGCAGCAGCAGCAGAAGAAGAAGAAGAGGGGGACGAAAGAGACGAAGAAGGAGGAGGAGGUGGCGCAGCAGCAGCAACUACCUCGUACCCGGAAAUUGUCUUCGCUGCGAAACCUCAACAACUAAACUACUAAGUGGUAAAAAUGUCAUUGCAGAUGCCUCUAAAAAAUGGAAAGUGUCUCUACUGGACUAAGUGUGAUAGCUGAGUGGAUCGAAAAUUUGACUUAUAUCCGUGUAAUGUGCGGUGGCAGACUGCAAUGCAGCGUAGUAAAGCCGCUGUGAGUGUGCAAGUAAAGCAGGUGAUAGGAGCUCUGUGUGAACUGCUAGUGGCCACCGGCCUGGAAGUUGUCCCCUUACCGGAGACCUUCAGGCGGGCUAAAUUUGGUGGUGGACGCUUGGUGGAGGAUCAGUUUUGGCACCUCCUUGCCAACAUCCUUCAGGCAGCUGGCAUUGUUUCCUGUGAAGCUCCAGCACAGCCAAGAGGAGCUUCAGAGCACAGGAAGCUGGUAGCUGCAGGCCUCUGGCUGACUGGCUACCAUGCUAACUGGAUGUGUGGGAGGGAGGGAGGAGAAGGAGGUGAAGGAGAGAGAUUUACCAGCAGAGACCUCCUUCUGGCGCUGGGAUGGCUCCUCGCUACAGGAACACUGGAGAAAUUGCUGACACAGCAGGUGCAGCAAUUGGACAAAACACUGCUCACACCUACACCUGUGAAUGCACAGCUUUCCAGUAAGCUCCAGUUAGACUCCUCAUCUAUGAGGAAACUUCAGUGGCUCAUUGGCUGUCUGAGAUGCCAGGGGCAGACCCUGCUGUCCAUGCAAGAAGAGCGAACUCGUUUGCUCCAUGCUGUUUUGUUUGCUGCCGUGUCCUCCGCUGUGUGCUCUGAUCAAAGCUCAACAUUGCUCCAGGAGGACUGUUUGUGUAUGCAGCAGCUCUGUGACCUCCUAGAAGCAUAUCUGAAUUGGAAAAAGGUUGAAAAAGUCUUCUGGACAUGGAUGGACAGUGUGGUGGACUGCCACCUGACAGAUCCUGUUGUCGAGACGCCUACACGUGUACCCAAUCGGAGUGCAAGACUGUGUCACCAUGGAAACCAGGGGCUAAAGAAAUUGGAGGAGAUGCUGUUAAGACUGCCUACAGGACAGGUGUGCAGCACAGAGGGAGAACCAGACAACACCUCCCUCCCUCCUCUUCUCUCCUCUCUCCCAUCCCUGCCUUCCCACCCCCAAGUCUCCCGAGCCAGGCUCCAGACUGAGAGGCCUGUCAAAUACAGCAGCAACGCAGCAGAGGGGCUCCACAGUGGGGCUGAGGCUCCAGACAAGCUCCCAUCGUCUCAGGCUGUGCAGGUGCUUCUUCAGACAGAGGCUCUGCUGCUGGAGAGGAGGGACAGGCAGCGACUGGCCAACAGGAUGCAGCUGCAGGAGAUGGUCUGCAGGCUGGAUGAACUGUUGUUGAUACCACCAUAGACUUUUUUUUAUCAUGGCAUCAGCGGGAACAUGACUAUUAUUUGUCUGAUGGAAGUGUUCUGAUAUUCAGGAAGCUGAUGUGUUACUUCAUAAACAAACAUCCAUCAUUGAUGGAUGGAUGAGCUUACCAAAAAUGUACUUGAGUUUUGAUGGAAACCGGAUACUUUCUUGCAGUGUUUACUUUGAUGAGAAAAUAAGCCUUCAUUAACUUCAUUUUGUUGUAGCUGAAAAUGAUAUUAACCUUCAUAUGUCAUUUUUAAUAGAAGUAAGUGCUCCACAAACAGAAGAGAUAAAAGACACCAGAAAAAUCAAAAAGCAGUCAUCGUAAGGCAAAUAAAUAAUUCCUAAUAUAUGCAAGCUGUCCUCAGUAUUUAUGAGCAAAAUGGAAGAUAAAUGUUUUAGACAUGUGUAGACAUGAAUGGAACAAUAACCAUCACAUCACAAACAUUAUAUUAACAAGGUGAGCAGAUUUUAGUAUUGUAGAUUAAUGAGAUAUGGAAUUAGUAUCCCUGUGUCCUCACAGUUUGUAUGGGUGUUUAAGAACUGUAUUGUACAAGUCUGACACAUCUGACACUCAGAAAGCAAACAAGAGUAUUUCACAAUAUAUAGUACUACUAACUUAGUGUUUUGCACAUUUAUUUUCAGAUAAAUAUGUCUAAAUGUGUUAAAUAUGUCUCUAAUAUGUGUUAGUGGACCUUAACAGACCUUUAUAUAACCAAUACAAACACUUACAUUCACUCUGCUUUUGGCAGAAGUUAAAU